GCCUUGUCUUCAUUGUUGAUAGAACCACACAUAGAUUCUAGAUUUAGAUUUACAUCAACUCAGUAAACCCAGAUUCCUUGGUCCAAAGUUGACAGAUCCUAAUCCAACAGCUAAGAGUGAUGGAUCACAAAUCCAUACUCUGAAUGUUCACACCAUGGUAUCAAACCUCAAAUUGCUACUUCACUGUCUCUCACUCAUCUCAUUUCACUCCCAUAGACUAGUCAAAAUCUCCAAUCCAAUAUCCAAAGUUUCAAACCAAACCCCAUUUUGUGAAAUCUUAAAUACAGCAUUUUAAGCUUUCCCAAAAUCCAAUCAAACCAAACACAAAUAAUCCAAAGAAAGAAAGGGAUAGCAAGAGUGAGUGAGAGUGAGAGUGAGAGAGUGAGAGUGAGAGAGUGAGGUGGAAGAACAAGAGAAAAGAAGAGAAGAGGAAAGAAAAGGAAGAGAAAAUGGGUUUCACAUUCACCACCAUGAGUCUAAACUUGGUCCUCCUAAUGGCCAUGGUGGCCACCAACAUCCUCUCCCUCUACCACCUCUCAACCACCCUCCAAUCCCCUAAAUCCACCAAACCACCACCAUCAGCCCCCGUCCCAGACCAACUCCUCCGCCAGCUCCACACCAUACGCGCCACCAUCAACCAACUCACGCGCCUCCAACCAAAUUCCAAAAAAUCCACCAUCCCACCAGAUCUACUCCUCUACUCUCACCUCUCCCCCAUCGCCUCCUCCUGCCACAACCACCCUGACCUCCUCCACAAGUACAUGACCUACACCGCUUUCUCCCUCUGCCCCUCCGAUUCCGACCUCGCCGAAUCCCUCAUCCUCCGCGGCUGCCACCCCCUCCCCCGCCGCCGAUGCUUCUCCAGAACGCCGAAGAAGCAGCAAAACUCUCUCCCUCAGAACCCUUUCCCUUCUUCCUUACCAGAUUCCGGAGUCAUCUGGGAUCACUACACCUGCAAAUCCUUCGAUUGCUUGAACCGUCGAAACCCUAACCUCGGCUUCGACACUUCCCGCGACGCGUCGAAGUUCACCUCCUACUCCGACGAGCUCGAUCUACCGGUGCAGCAGCUUCUCCAGAUCGCGAAGAGCGCCAAGUCGGUGCUGCGUCUCGGCCUCGACGUCGGCGGCGGGACGGGGUCCUUCGCCGCGGCAAUGAGGCUCCGGAAUGUGACCGUGCUGACGACGACAAUGAGCGUGGCGGCGCCGUACAGUGAGGCUGUUGCUCUGAGGGGGCUGGUGCCGCUUCACGUGCCGCUUCAGCAGCGGCUGCCGCUGUUUGACGGUGUGGUGGAUGUUAUCCGGUGCGGGCGCGCGGUGAACCGGUGGAUUCCGGCGACGAUGAUGGAGUUCCUGCUGUUUGAUCUGGACAGGGUGUUGAGGGGUGGAGGGUACUUGUGGCUGGACCAUUUUUUCAGCAAAGGGGUGGACCUUGAAAAGGUGUAUGCGCCGUUGAUCGGGAAAUUGGGGUACAAGAAGGUGAAGUGGGCGACGGGGAACAAGACUGAUGCUGGUGGUGUCAAGCAUGGGGAGGUUUACUUGACUGUGUUGCUGCAGAAGCCUCUAUCAAGAUGAGGGUUGGUUGGAUUUAUUGGUUAUAUGCACAAAAGGUAGUUCUAUUGUCCUGCAGCUUCCUCUCUCGAGUUCUGAUUCUGAUCUGGUGUGAUUUCCCCCCUAAUUGUGGAUAUUGGAUUGCAGUUUGAUAUGUGCUGUAAGGAAGAUAGGCAUGCAAGUUUAUCCCGAUUUCCUUGCUCCUAAGUUUUUGUGGGGCACAUAAAGAAGCAAUGUUUAUGUCCACCGUGAAGGAUCGUCCGGAUCCUGUAAAAGAAUCAACCCAUUGGAAGAAAGCUAGAAGAAACUCAAGGACAUGUGUAUAUCCAAGGGGGAACUGGUAGAGGGAAAUAGCCUUUAUGAUCUUUCUUACUUCUCAUUUGAUUAAAUUGUUCUUUCCCAAUAAUUUAGUUGGAAAUAAAUUCAAAAAACGUCGUCCCCUGGUUUGUGUUCUAGUUAUAGCGGUGCUUGGAUUUAUGAUGAUAGGAUGGCCUUUUUCAUUUGAUAUUCGAUUCACAUCUCUUAGAAAA